GGCCAAUCGCUGGGCACAGAUGAAGCUUUGCAUGAUUCGGUGCUGAGCAUGAAGAAGGACAUCAUGUCUGCGAAGAGGAUUAUCGCCAUCGCUGCCCAUCCUCGGCAGCAAUGGCUUUCGAUGCAGGUGUGUUUGCAUGAGGAGGUCGGAUGUCUCAUGACAGCUCUGAAGAGGAGUCUCGACUUUGGCAAUGAUGCCGAUGCCCAGUUGCAGGGUGACCCGUAUGGCAAGUGCUUCGAAGCGUAUUCCAGAGUGGUGUCUUCAAUGCAGUCAUUGAUCCAGAAACUCCGAAAGUUAGAGGCGGGCAUGACAGCGUGCGAAAACUCCUCAACUGUGGAGGCAGAGGAGGGACGUGGAAAGAUGGUUGAGGCUGAUGCAGCCUUCCUGCAGAAUUCCUGUGUGAACGCCUACGAGAAGAUGCUCACAAACCAGCAGAAGUUGGUGGGUGCUUGGUGCCAGGUUCAUUCAGGAGCUAUCUCUGCCAAAGUCAAAGCUCUGCAGGAGAGCAGUAAGGGCUUGUGCAUAAGCGGGGGUAAUUCCUGGAAGAAUGGGCUGGCUGCGGAUCUUGAUCUGAAAGGCGUCCUGGAUGCUGGCAGCCCCAAAAUCAACUCCAUUGAUGGUGCGCAGGUGAGCAAGGAUGUGCUGGACUUGAAGCAGGUGUGCGACAAUGCCAAGAGCUUCCUGGAGAAGAACACGGUUGCGUUGCAACUCAUGGGCGAUGAAGCUGUCAAGGCUCUUCAGAGCAACGUGAAGGAUGGCACGCGCACGGUCAUGGAGGGUGACACCCUGAUCAUUGAGGGGAUGAUGAUCAGAGCAUUCAUGCAGAAAAUCCCUGUGAAGAAGAAGAACGACUUGUUGGUCACGCAAAUGGACAAGAAAGCUGACAAGGAAAUCCCGGAUGACUUCAUUCAUCCCGUGUUGUUGUCAUCGGCCCUUGAUGCGACAGCUUCCUUGCGCCAGUCCAGGGACAACACUGGAAUGGCAGAACCCGUGGCCUGA